AUGCCAAUGUACGAUGAAUCAAAUCUGAAUCUACCACGCAUUCUCUGUCUUCAUGGCGGCGGGACAAACGCGCGAAUUUUCCGAUCCCAAUGUCGAGUCUUGUCCACACACCUGAAAAGAAAGUUUAGACUCGUGUUUGCAGAGGCCCCUCUGCCUUGUCAAGCUGGCCCCGAUGUCCUCUCUGUAUAUAAAGAAUGGGGACCUUUCAAAUCAUGGAUUCCUUCAGCGCUUGGGUGCCCGGAGACAGAUAGCAAUACUGCAAUCUCUUUUUUUAAAAGUUCACUUCAGAGUGCAAUGGAGGAGGAUGACGAGAAAGGCGCCACUGGACCUUGGGCUGGGCUGCUUGGGUUCAGUCAGGGCGCCAAGAUGUGCGCCAGUUUGCUAUUUCUUCAACAACUACAACGGAUACGCGGCCUAAGAUGGGAUCCACGACUAAACUUUCAAUUUGGAAUUCUUCUCGCUGGAAGAGGACCGUUGGUUGCACUUGACCCCAGUCUUAUUACGCCUGAUAUGAAAGACAUUGUGGUUGGGAUUAAUGGCGAAAAAAUAUAUGGCAAUGGUUGGAACUCUAACAUCCAGGAGGGUGAAAUACUCCUCCGUCUACAUACACCAACUGUGCAUGUUCAUGGCUUACGUGAUGCCGGGUUACCGUUGCAUAGACAGCUACUUGAAAGCUGUUGCUAUAAACAAGCCACGAGGUUGAUGGAGUGGGAGGGCGAUCACCGAGUUCCCAUAAAAUCUAAAGAUGUCACUGCUUUAGUGCAGCAUAUACUCGCAGUAGCAGAAGGUACGGAUAUCUCGAUUUGCAGUAUAUGA